GAAUACGCCAAGCGAACGGUCGUUGAGCGCGACAACUGGAAUUGGCUUAAAACUUAAAAAAUUGCACGCGUUUUUUGGUCGCGCGCGCGUUUACUUAGGCGCGGUUUUUGCCUUGCGGCUCGUAGAUUGGAUUGGAAAGUGGGUUUGUUGUCUGUCGCCUGUCUGGUUGGACUGCGUUUGCUUUGUCAAAAGGUCAAAAGAAACACAUUAACAACGGCAACAAAUCAAGCAACAGCCAGUUUAGCAACAUCAUUUUACUGGCAACAUUCGCGUUUAGCAACAUGUUGCCAAGGCUCACAUUCGCUGUGCUCAUCGUCUUUUGUGGAUAUUUACUGUUUACGGAUUGCCGUGAAACGGAACGCUCGAAGCGUACCAAACGGCCACGCGCGCCGGAACCGGUCAACUUCGAGCCGGAGCCGCAGCAGGAUCUGGAGAAUGAGGAGAGUGGCAGCCAGGAGAAGGAUCUGCCCGAAAUACCCGAUAACUUUUUAAGUCCCUCGGUGCGAGAAUAUCUGGAGCUGGGCAAAUCCAUACCGGGUCGACCCGGCGUGGACUAUCCGAUACUCUCAGCCGUACCCUAUACCAACUUCUACUGUGACGAGCAGUCCUAUCCGGGCUUCUUUGCGGACAUGGAAACUAGAUGCCAGGGCUGGCACUAUUGCGACAUUGAUGGACGUCAGGCCUCGUUUCUUUGCCCCAACGGCACACAGUUCUCUCAGGCGGUCUUCGUCUGCGACUGGUGGUUCAAUGUACGCUGCGAUCUCUCCCCCCGGCUGUAUGCGAUCAAUGCGCGUCUCUAUCAGCGCCCCAAGGUGAAUCCAACGCGACCACAUCGCAUCAUUACCAAGCAGCUGGUCGAAGACAUAUUUACUUGAGCUGCAUACCUUAUUAAUAGACUUUAUUUAACAUAGUUUUGUUGACGACUAUUAGUGGUUAGAUUUGGUUUCCUUAGCCACGAGCAUACUUAUCCAUCAUGUGUUUUAGAUGUUUCUGAUUAACUUUUGGACAGCUUUCGGCUAAAAGAUUUAUUUGUAAGUAUCAAAGUAAACUGAAAAUAUAAACUGGUCGCUAAUUAGAACUUUAGGAAUCGUAAAAUUUCUUGUAUUCAAAAAUAACCUUGCAAAACCUGAAAGUAAGGUUAUAAUGCGGCUCAUAAAAAUAAAUAUGUAGAAAUAUUCCUAGAAACCAAUAAGUACAUAUACAAAGUUUGGCAGAUGACCCUCUUAAUCAAGAAUAAAAUUCGAGGGUAUGCGACGAAAAGAAAAGUCUCAUUUAAUAAUUCAUUACGCAAGGUUCUCAAGGCUUAAUGCCUUUCGUCCGCCGUCUGAGGAGCUCGAAAUAGUUUAAUAUUUUAAGAAAUUAUAAAUAACUGCAUUUUCAGCUUGUGCUAAUUUAAAGUGCAUGCAUUUUCAUGAUUAGAUAUGUUUUCAUACAUAAGAUUCACUUUAAAUGUAAAGUUUUGUGUACAUAUUAGUUUAAAUCUAAAUAAAAAAUAUUCUUAAGUUAAGAAAA